UAAAAAUAAACCUUCCACUUCGCUCCUGCGGCUCUGAUCUCGAAAAUUAAACACCAGCGCGCCAGUUCCAUUUCAUUCACAGCAGCAAGAGAACUCGAUAGAGCGAGUGUCCUUUACGUUUAUUCUUUUAUAGAUAUUGCAUAGAUGUCGGGACGGCCGCCAACAGAGGCGGAGAGGAAUCAAGAGGCGACGGUGUACGUCGGUAAUCUAGAUGAGCAAGUCACAGAUGCCCUGAUAUGGGAGCUUAUGCUACAAGCGGGCCCCGUCGUCAACGUCCAUCUGCCGAAAGACCGGAUCACACAACAACACCAGGGCUUUGGCUUUUGCGAGUUUCAAAGCGAGCAAGACGCAGACUACGCCGCGCAAAUCAUGAACCAAAUCCGCCUGUUUGGCAAACCGAUCCGGGUCAACAAAGCCAGCGCGAACAAGCAGCGGAAUCUGGACGUUGGCGCGGAACUGUUUGUGGGGAACCUCGAUCCGCUCGUCGACGAGCGCAUGCUGAGCGAUACAUUCUCUCGAUUCGGGGCGCUGAUUUCGCCGGCAAAGGUUGCGCGCAACGAGGCCGGCGAGUCGAAGGGGUACGGAUUCGUAUCGUUUGACUCGUUCGAGGCCUCGGAUGCAGCAAUCGAAGGCAUGAAUAAUCAGUUCUUGAUGACGAAACAGUGUACGGUUACCUACGCGUUCAAGAAGGAUGGAAAGGGUGAGAGGCAUGGAGAUGCGGCCGAGCGGUUGCUGGCCGCGCAGGCAAAGAAGAAUAACUACUCGCUGCCGAUUGUGCCGCGAGAAGAUGGUCGGCCGCAGUAGGAUCUGCGCAGUGCCUAAAUUUUGUAUACUAGCACACUAUAAUUGUACUUUAUUCAGAGAUAACAAAAAGAA